UCAAACCGCAGUAUGUUUAUAUUAAUUCAUUACCCCUUAUCUCACAUGGAAUGAAGCAUAUUCACAUUUCUUGUUCCACAAGUACCUUUACCAUAACCUUCCUUGAUCUCUACUCAAGGAACUUCAAAGUAAUCCCUGACAACUUCAUCAUCUUCUUAUACCACUUCUUGAUUUAUCUCUAAGAACCAAACAUAACCCAAAACCUAGGAGAGAAAAUGGGAGACCAAGGAGUGCAACAGAUGCAGCAACCUGUUGUAGUGUAUCCAACCGCAUAUACUAAACAGUAUCCAUAUCAAUCCUCUUCGUCUUCAUCUUCCUCUGGCUCUCGCGGUUCUUUUGGUACAGUCUUCAUAGUCCUAGCCGUAAUCCUUGUCUUGUCAGUUCUGGCUUGUGUCUUCGGGAGGCUAUGCAACCGUGAAAGCCGUGCCGCUAAGCAGGACCACAGCAAGCAACCAAAGCAUGAGAAAGGGUCGUCUAAGAAGAGCCGUGAGAUACGUCCUGUGGACCGUGAGCCGAGGGAGAGAGGUGAUUUGGAGUUUGGGUUGGAUAUGAAACGGCCUGAGCAUGUUGAGAAACCCUCUGGAAGAGAUUACGGAGAGGAUAUAGAAUUGGGAUUUGAUAACAAGAGAGAAGAAAGAGGAAGAGGAGGACCACCUCCUCCUCCGGUUAUCAAACAUGGAGUGAGGUUCAAGUUACCGGAAAAUGGAAACCAUCAUGCUAAAGGCGAAGUCAGACGUGGAGGUCCUGACUUUGAGUUACGACCAAGGCACUAAUGAUCUUGUUUUGUCCAAAAACAAACCACUUAUGCUUUUUAUUUCUUACUGCUUCUCUUUUUUUCUUCUUUUGUGUUUUUUUUUUUCCUUUCUGGCUUGAUCUUGUGGGUAUGGAACUUAGAGCUGAAGCUAUCAAACUUCUUAGUCUCAAAAUAAUAAAUCAUAUAUA